AUGACGAGCGUUGAAGACAGAGGAUGGUGGGCCAGUAAAACUGAAUAUAUUCUGGUGGUUGCAGGAAAUAUGGUCGGUUUGGGCAAUGUGUGGAGAUUCCCUUACCUCUGCUACAAGAACGGUGGAGGAGCUUUUCUUGUGCCAUAUUGUCUGUUUGCUGCUGUGGUUGGGAUUCCUCUGUUCUUGCUGGAGUCUGCAAUGGGUCAAUACACACAGGAAGGAUGCGUCACCUGCUGGAAGAAGCUGCUUCCUCUGGCAAAAGGAAUAGGAUACGGGCAAUUAGUGUUGAGACUUUAUGACUUCAGCUACGUUAUUGUCCAAGUCUGGACUCUUGUCUACCUGUUUUUUUCAUUCACACCCCAGCUGCCCUGGGCCAGCUGUGACCACGCCUGGAAUUCAGCCAACUGUGUCAGUCUAUCGUCACCAAACGUCUCUGUAAAUCAGACCACGUCGAUCAACAACACUAACACCACCUCUGCUUCUCUUGAGUUCUGGGAGCGGCGGGUUUUAGGCAUGUCUGGUGGAAUUGAGGAGCUGGGCAGUGUGAGAUGGGAGCUGGCCUUGGCUCUUCUAUUCUGCUGGGUGUGUUGCUACUUCAGUAUCUGGAAAGGUAUCAGGUCCACAGGAAAGGUAGUAUACUUCACUGCAACUUUCCCCUACGCGAUGCUUCUGAUUCUGCUCAUCAGGGGAGUGACUUUACCUGGAGCAUGGGACGGAAUUCGUUAUUACCUUUAUCCAGAUUUUAAACACCUGGUUAAUCUUGAGGUCUGGAUAGAAGCAGGAUCUCAAAUAUGCUUCUCCUAUAGUUUGGCUUCGGGACUCCUAAUUGUUUUGAGCAGUCAUAAUGAGUACAAAAACAACUGUUACAAAGACUGCUUUUGGCUGUGUCUGCUGAACAGUGGGACCAGUUUCUUUGCAGGAUUCGUCAUCUUCUCUCUUCUUGGAUUCAUGGCACAGAAACAAAGGGUCACUGUUGACAAAGUAGCUGAGUCAGGUCCUGGUUUGUCCUUCAUCGUGUACUCUGAGGCUACAGCUAUGAUGCCUUUGCCACAGUUCUGGAGUGUCUGCUUUUUCCUGAUGGUCUUUUUCCUCAGUGUCGACACUCAUUUUGUGACAGUAGAGUGUUUUAUCACAUCACUGACCGACUUGUUUCCGAGGCAUUUGCGUGGACCAGGAAGAUAUGAGGUCUUUCUCUUUCUCGUCUGUUUGUUCGUCUUUCUCAUACAACUGACCUUAGUCACUGAGGGAGGGAUAUACGUGUUCCUACUCAUCGAUUAUUAUGGUUGUACCAGGGCCUAUCAUUAUUUUAUGAUUUUAUCAGAGUCUGUGGCUCUUGCCUGGUGUUUUGGUUCUGACCAGAUUAUGAACAGCAUUGAGGACAUGACAGGACACAGACCAUCUAUUUUCUUCCACGUGUGCUGGAAAUACAUUCUUCCCGUGUUGUCACUGACUUCCUUCAUCUUGUACCUUGUUGGUUACACACACCUCAAGAUUAAUGACUGGUACGUCUAUCCUGACUGGGCGUAUACACUGGGGUGGGCAAUGACCCUCUCCUCUAUUCUCAUCGGGCCACUGUGGGCAGCUGGACAGUGCGAUGGACCGUCCUUCGUCGUCCUGUUGCAGAUCGAGCCAGGCAGACGAGAGAAACGGGAGAGGAAGGGACGACCGUUGAACUGA